GUCGCAUAACGACUAGAAAAGCGCUAUAUAAGUGCAGGUCCAUUUACCAUCCAGUAAAUUUACCAUAUCGCAAAAUACUUAAAAUUGCAAUAAUAUUGUAUCCUGACUCAAGCAUCAGAAUAAAUUGUAUCGUGGGCCGAUACGCUGAUUCACACCUUUACUUUCCCAUGACUGUUAUUAUUUUAUUAUAUAAUAUUUAUUCCCUGUAAAGUGUGUGAAAGGUUUUCUCUCCUGCUCUCCCAGCUCUCGUCACCCAGUCGGUCACAACAGCCUGUUUGUAAUGAAGCUGGUGACAGGUGACAUUAAACACGGGGACUUGACCAAACAGCUCAGGCUUUACUAAACCGACGCCUUCCUCCACUUUUUCUUCUAACGAGGUGAAAUUAAGUCGGAUUAAAGAGUUUAUUAAGCCACAUGACCCCGCAGGAUAAUCCCUUGAAAGUGACCCAAACAUUCUUUUCCAGGCCAAAUGAAACCAACCUUAUCACCAGACGCAAAGAGGUCUAUAAGAGCCGGCAGGAACCAGGUCUACGCUGCAGACGGAUCCAGCAGACACUCAGCAUGGCUCAGAAGACGGCCCUGAUCGUGUACGCCCACCAGAGUGUGGGUUCGUUUAACGCGGCGGUGCGUGACGUGGCGGUGGAGGAGCUGGCGUCGCAGGGCUACAGGGUCCUCGUGUCCGACCUGUACGCCAUGAACUUCAGAGCCAACGCCACGCAGGACGACAUCAUCGGUGACCUGAAGAAACCCGAGCUCUUCCAGUACGGCGAGGAGACGAUGCACGCCUGGAUGGAGGGCCGCCUCAGUGACGACAUCGUUGCUGAGCAGCGAAAAGUCGAGGAGGCGGAGCUCGUCAUCUUCCAGUUUCCUCUGUACUGGUUCAGCGUGCCGGCCAUCAUGAAGGGCUGGAUGGACCGCGUGCUGAGUCAGGGCUUCGCUUUCACUCUGGAGAAGAUGUACAACAACGGUGUGUUCAAGGAUAAGAAAGCGAUGCUGUCGUUCACAACCGGAGCGACACAGACCAUGUUCCGGCCUGACGGCAUCAACGGAGACAUCAACAUCACACUGUGGCCUCUGCAGAACGGGACUCUGCACUUCUGUGGGUUUCAGAUUCUCGCCCCUCAGAUAUUCUGGAGUCCGGCUCACUGUCCGACCGCCGUGCGUGGCGGGAUGCUGGAAGGCUGGCGGAUUCGACUCAAAGGACUGCUGGCAGAAAAGCCUUUGACCUUUGCCCCCUGCGAGCUGUUUGACCUCAGCUUCCAGGGCGGCUUCAUGCUGCGGCCCUCAGCGCGGGAGGAGCAAGAGUCGCAGCCGCACGGCAUCACCACGGGACACCACCUGGGCAAACCGCUGCCGCCCGACAACCAGAUCAAAGCUCCGCCCCCCGACCCAGGCAGCGCCACGGCAGGCUGCAGGAAGUAGAACAUCACUCUAAUGUCAAAAUAUGGGAU